AUUUGCAUGGCCCCGCCCCCGGACGCGGUCAGCGCUGGCGCCGCAGGAAAGUUUGCGUUGGGGCCGGGCCGGGCCGGGCCGGGAUGGACGCGCUCAAGUCCGCGGGCCGGGCCCUGCUGAGGAGCCCCAGCGUGCACAAACCGUCCUGGGCCGGCGGGCGGCACAAGAAGCUGCCUGAGAACUGGACGGACACGCGGGAGACGCUGCUGGAGGGGAUGCUCUUCAGCCUCAAGUACCUGGGCAUGACCCUGGUGGAGCAGCCCAAGGGAGAGGAGCUCUCUGCAGCCGCUGUCAAAAGGAUCGUGGCCACCGCAAAGGCGAGUGGGAAGAAGCUGCAGAAGGUGACGCUGAAGGUGUCACCCCGGGGCAUUGUGCUCAGGGACAGCAGGACCAACGAGCUCAUCGAGAACAUCUCCAUCUACAGGAUCUCCUACUGCACAGCAGACAAGGCCCACGACAAAGUGUUUGCCUACAUUGCCCAGAGCCAGCUGAGCGAGAGCCUGGAGUGCCACGCCUUCCUGUGCACCAAGAGGAAGAUGGCCCAGGCUGUCACCCUCACCGUGGCCCAGGCCUUCAGGAUCGCCUUUGAGUUCUGGCAGGCAGCCAAGGAAGAGAAGGAGAAGAGGGAAAGGUCCAUCCUGGCAGCAGAAGGGACGAGCAGCCCUGGCUCAGGAGCUCCUGCCCACCCUGUCACACCAGCAGCCAUGGGGAACCUGCUGGACUUUGAGGACGCUGGCAGCAGCACGGAGUCCCCAGAGCUGGACAACAGCAGCUUUGGGCCCAGCCCCUCGGUCAACAACAACGUGCUGUGGGAGAUGGAUGAUGGGCUGGACGAGGCGUUCUCAAGGCUGGCCCAGUCCAGGACAAACCCUCAGGAGCUGGACACGGGGCUGUCAGCCCAGGACAUGCAGAGUGCCCAGGCUCUGUCCCCUGCGGGCUGGAGGCAGCUGGAGCCCAGCACGGCCGAGCAGGACGAUCUCUUCAUGUUCUGAGGGCCCUGCCUGCACCUGCAGAGAGCAGGGAACCCUCCCAGGGCUCCUCAGCAGCUCCAGGGAUGCCCAGUUCAGACCAAAGCUUCACAAACCUAACGCCGAUUUUUGGGCCUUGCUUUUACCUAAACCACGAGAUGCUCUGGGACGUAUUUAUUCACAGUUUACAAGGAGGUGUGGAGAGCACCUGUGCACCACGGGGGGAUCUGCAGGGGCUGCUCCUCCUGCAGGCAGCCUGAGCACCACCCAAGCCCCCCUGGAGCAUCCCCCAGCCGAGGCUGGGAUGCAGACACAGCUCUGGGUGUCACUGAUCCCCCCAGCCUGAACAACACGUCGCCUGCCUGCCGGGGAGGGGAUUUGCAGCAGCUGCUGACAGUGUGAAAUCAAAGAGGGAGCAGAGCUGGUGCUUUUGUGCCCGUGUCUGUGGCACUCUCACAGCUGUCAGUCACCCCACGGCUCUUGUGGGAGUUGACGCUUUUUAACCCAAAGACUCCAAGAAGUUUUGCACUUUAAAACUUGAACUGAAAGCAAUGGUCCGGAUUGUCAAGGUGUAAGCAGUGCCUGAACCUCUCCUCAGAAGCUAUUUACCCAAAAAGAGCCACCCUGGCAAUGCUGCAGCUCUGACCCCUCACCUCUGAUGGGACUCGAGAUCCCGAAGCUCCGUCGGCUUUAAAAGCAAAAGGAUUGGUUUUGUUAAAUCCUGCUGGAAAGGGCAGCUUGGGAGCACCAGCAGGAGCACAGAUCCACGUUCCCAGCUCGGCCCAGCAGGUUUGUCUGUCCAGGACUUGCUCCUGCCUCGAAGCCACGUGGCUGCUGCCCAGCUGGGCUCAGGCAGGGCAGCACCUGCCCGUGGUGCUCCCACCCUUCUCCCCGACAGCCACAGCUCCCAGGGGGCUCAGGAAGCUCCAUCUGCCCCUGGGACUGAAAACCAGCCAUGGAGGUACAACUUCUGCCAAGUACAAGAUUAGGUUGAACGAUCCUGAAUAGUCUCACUGAUUGUGGCCUUACGUGAAGUGUACUAAUCUGUUUUAUAGAUUUGUAACUUGGGUUUGAAGCACUAAUUCAUUCCCCAGAUAGCUCUUUAGAACUCCCUUCAAACUGCUCACAGAAAGGAUAAAAAAACCAAACCCAAACCCCUCUCAGUCAGCUGUAAGAAUUCAUUAGGAGGCAGCUGAGUGACUCUGACUUAGACUGGAGAUAUUUUUUCCCCCUGAGUGUGAGUGUGAGAAGGUGUGGAGGACUCGUGGGGCUGACUCACGGGCUCUCUGAGGGAACCUGUGCUCUGGGGGUUCUGCAGAGUGCUGUUCAGGCAGUUCCACCUCCUGCCAGGGCAGUGCCCGUGCCCCCCUGGAUGUGUGGGCAGGGGGAAGCAGCAGAGCUCUGCCCUGCCCAGGAGCUGGCAUGGAGUGGGAGGAUUCCUCUGCUUUCACCUCUCUCCUUCCCUGGAGCAGCAAUUCCUGAAGUUCACAACACUAUCUGUGUGUGUCUCGAGUGUUUUUUUUGGUUUUUUUUUAAAGAAAAACUGAUGCUGUAAAGAAUAUUCUGCACUGAGGGGAAUAAAAACUGCCGUUUUUUGGA